CAGUCUGUCCAACCAUGGGAGCGGCGGACCUUCCCUCUGGCUUACAGUCCCCAGGCAGAAUGUGAGGAGCAGCUGGAUGCACAGGACAUAGCAGCCCGCUGCACUCGCCGCACCUCAGGCAGCAAGACUGGCCGGGAGACAGAGGUGGCACCCACCUCACCUCCUGUUGUCCCUCUCAAGAGUCGGCAUCUGGCAGCAACAGUUGCAGCUCAGCGCCCAACUCACAGAUGAACAGAAUUGAGACUAUACAGACUCACUACUUAUUGGCAUUAAAGCUUCAGAAAUCUCUGCGUUUGAUAUUCAAACAUCAUAUGCUGGAAUUUUCACAGUUUUUAGUGAAUUUAAGGAAUUUAGAUCCUCCUUUGGUUGGUUUGGUUUUGUUGUUUCUGUUUUCUUGUUUUGUUUUCAUGUCACACCUGAGCACUUCCUCCAAUUGACAGACAAGUUCAGGAAGAGACCCUGUUGGCCUGGUCCUGCAUAUCCUCUGCACUGUUGGAUCACUGGACUUCCCAAUGUUAGAUGAUCACCCUCUCCCUUGCACCUGUGGGGUAGGGUGGACCAGCCAGAUGGCAGCAGGUGGAAAGCUCCAGGUCAGCACAGCCUCCUUAGGUUAGGUUGGGAUAGAGCAAGAGCAGUCUGGGCUCUUACCUUUCCCACCCAUCUGAGGCUUGGCUUGGCUUAGCCCCAGCUGGGCACCCCCUCCUUCCUUGGUCUUAUGUGCUGGAACACCUGUCUAGCCAGCUUCUUUGUUCUGUUGGCCAGUUCUUCUUAAUGAACUUUGGGCCAGCAGUACAGCUAGCUUCCUGUCACCUGGACCUUGAAAACCUGUUUUCAGUUUCAUCUGCAUUUGGUUAUCCGUCUUGGCUCCUUGAAUGCAGUACCCUGCUGCAGCUGCUCAGGUCACCCUAUUCUACCCUUCCCUGUCUUCCUCUCCCACCCAUGCACACAGACACAUUAGUCCUUCCACUCCUAGCAUCUAUGACGAUAGGGUUUGGACUGCUUAACCCAUUCCCUCUCCCCUACAAACUAGGAAGUCUGUGGAGUACACAGCAUCACUUCUGUAUCAUGUUUUCACUGAGUAGUUCACAUGUCAUGUUUCUUUCAUGUCCCCAUCAGACAGUCACUUAGACUCUCCCUCUUCUCCGCUCCCCUUGCCUGUGGAACACUGUCUGGUCCUAGCUGUGGUUUCCAUUGUUCCCCACCAACCUCCUGUUAGCCUUGUGCCUGUCUCAUGUAUAAUCACAUCACCAAAAAAGGGGAGGGGGAAAGGAAUUUUCUUUUUCUGCCAUUUUAUAAUCAUACAAAAAUAAUAGGCAGACUGCUUAAUGGUUGGGGUUUUUUCACAAUUUUCAACAUUAGUGAUUUUUUUUUUCUGUUUGCAAGUUAAAAGGUUUGUCAUUGUUUCUUUAAACAACAAUAAUGCACCAUAUCCCUAUGCAUAAAGUGCUUCUUCUAUUUAUAAGGUUGAAAAUUCUGAAUAACCCUUUUAGCAUUGUAAAAAAAAA